AUAUCUACUGGCGCGACUUGCAGAUAUUUAUGGGUUACAACUUCUCUGUGGGAUGCUAGACUUUCUUAACUUAAGUAAAAGUGGAUUUAUGUGUGAAUUAUGUCGUGGAAAUAUAAAAGGAGAAAACUGCGUGCCACAAUCUUGUACUCAUAUGUUUCAUGUUGGUUGUUUGGAGGAUUGGGCCAGUGAAUUCGACUCUUCUUUGGAAUUUGCUUGUCCAGUUCCUGGGUGCUCCUCAUCUUUCAGUGAUAUAUUAGUUCGCAAGACACCUGGUGCAAUAAACUUUACUAUAACAUCGCUGAAGGGAAAUCAGUGUCCGAUAUGUUGUGAAAGGAUUCAAAAACCAGUUGCCACUCCGGAGUCGUGCAAUCAUGCUUUUUGUUACAUGUGCCUAAAAGAAUGGUCUCGUGUUAGACAUGAGUGCCCAUUAGAUCGGGGUGCAUACGAACUUAUUUUAUUAUCUGAUCGGGUUGGAGGACCUAUAACAAAGCGGGUUAGUGCACCGCCAGUUAAACAGCAACCUCCAGAAACUCCACCACUGGAAUUAGACACUAACUGUGAAAUCUGUCAGCGUCCAGAUGAUGAAGCACAUUUACUUUUAUGUGAUCACUGCGAUAGGGGGUAUCACACUUACUGUCUUCCCACUCCUCUUUCAUCGAUCCCAGAUGGAGACUGGUUUUGCCCAGAUUGUCUUCGACAUGGAGUUGUUCGCCCGGAAGCUGCUGCUGCUAAUGCUUCCGACAGACGGGUUAGAAGGAAUAUACGGCGUAGAUUAAUUGACUCAGAGGCAGAGGAAAGUGAUAAUGAUGAAUUAACUACCACUAUAGAUGAUUCCAGUUCAGAAAACCUUCACCUACGACGUGAGCUUAGUUUCACCGCACAAAGAAGACUUGAACAACAGGCUAUGAGGCGUCAUCGUGGGCGUCAGCUGUUGCAGGACUUAAUCGAAGACCUAAGUGAACGUGCAACAUCAGAAGCCUCCAUAAGAGCACGACGCCGCAAUAGCCAGCGACAACGUGUCCGCAACCAGCUUGCUUCAGAAUCUGCCAACUUAGAUUCAUCUGGUCCAUCUCACGUCUCUCAAACAACUAUCUGUUUCGAGAUAUCAUCUUCCACGAAUCAACCCGUGAGUUUUCGCUUAGGUCGUGCAACAAACAAUUCUAGUUCCAACAACAGAAACCAUAAUUGUAACACUGUCCAGGCGGAAUGUGGUGGAUAUUCUUCAAGUACGAAUCAGCUGGAGGUAUCUCGUAGAAGGUUGCGGAUUUUGUCCAGCAGUGAUUCGGAAUCCGAUGAUCCUAAUGGAGUUGUACUUCGUCGUGUGAAACUUACCAGUAAGCGACCUAGAUUAAUAAGAUCUCCAAGUGGUGAAUCAGAUUCUGAGGGUUCCUCUCGCAUAACUGGUCCAUCAUCCACACUUAAUACUAAUUGGCUUGCAGAAAGUGAUUCAGAUGUACAAACGAAUUCUGUUAGCCGAAAGAAUGGUGAACAGAAAAGUACCACUUCACAAUCUUCCUUUACCAGUAGCAUUCAGAAUUCCACUUCAGAAAAUAUUCAGCAUGAAUAUGAUUCAAAGCAUUCUGACUUCGCUGAAAGUUAUGCUCCUGCUGUAAAGCGUACACAGAGAAACGUAAACUCUCAAGAAAGAAACCUCGAAAACGUCAAUCAAAUAAAAUGAAGAUGAGAAGACGCACCAAAAAAAUAUCAGUCAAGUCUAAGAGCCUUAGAUAUUCAAGAAAAAAAAUUAUACGUAAGAAAAUGGCAAGACUCUCGGUAUCUCUUUCAUCUAACAGUCCAAGGCCAUCAACUUCGUCUCAACCUCGGCUUCGGAAUGGUGUAAUAAGAACUGGCUUGCCCAAACUUUCAAUUCUGGGUAAAGAAACACAAUGCAAGUAUGUUUAUCAAUUCACCGUCGUCAUCUAACAAUUUUUAAAACUUUUAAAUGAAGCAUAAAUUAGUUUAUAUUCAAUGAAGUGGGCAGGCUGAUUUAAUCUGUAACUUUGGUAGUUGCUGUAACAUUGCUUAUUGUUAAGUUGUAAACACUGAAUAACAUUAAGCAUUGGUAAGACCAGUUUAUUCAAGUUGUUUUCGAUAUUUCUUUGAGCAACUCUGAGUGUUUUGGUAAUACUCACUGAUAUUAGUGACCGUAAUUGCCUCAUUGUCUGUUGUUAAUGACCUGUUGGAAUACUGUUGUCUCAACAGAACGUGAGAAUUUGAGAUUUUCAUCAACUGUAUCUACUUAUUCACUAAUCUACUGUGAUGCGACCACUCACUUUGUAAGGAUAUAAUUGUUUGAUAGUUUGCUUAUCAGUUGUAUGCGAUCAUCACAAACGUUGCUUCACUAGAAACAGCGUAGACUGGAAUUUUGUUUAACCAUGAAAAUAGUUUGAAGAAAUCCACCAUCGCAAAUGGAAUUCAUUAAGCAGUCUGUGUCAUUGAAGCUAUUUAUUUUAUGCAGAUGAAUAUUUGGAAACAUUUGUUAAAAUCUCAUUUCGUCAGCCAGUUAAAACUUUUUGUUCACCUUCAACUGCUAACCACAUUCUCUUUCAUUUUAGUGAUCACACAAAAAAAAUUGAUACCACUUGACAGGAAGCUCUAAACCUAGAUUGUUUUUCCUUUUAACUUCAGCAUGGUGUACUUUCGACCUCAAUAAAAUUCAUCUUCCCUCGGGAACUUGGAUCCUAUUUCAUCCAGUGUUGAACUUCCAAACCUAGUCAUAAUCAUUCAUACUUAACCCAGGUACUGAGUAAAACGUGUCCGAAUUUCCGAAAGAAAAUAGAUUCCUCUAGGUUACUGAUAUGUCCUUGUAGACAGGAAGCCUAAGUAACGGGACUGUCAGCUGACAAACUCCAAACAUCUGAUACUGAACAAAGUACAACCUAAUAUCAAAUCACCCGACAAAAAUGUCAAAUCUCAUCCUUCAAGAAAACAUCCCAAUCAGUAAAUUCUACUUUGAGUUUUACUUUAAGGCAAUAUUCCUGGUCGAUUGGAGGUGCUGAUAGAAUGACGGCAUAUUUGUCUAUUAAAAGUGGAUACGAUAUGGCGUGACCAUGGGGAAGAGCCGAAUUAACUAAAGAUCACGAAGACUAAAAUAAUGAAUACCUAUUCACUAUGAUGUCUUUCAACUUGCACAACCUCUUGAUUUCUUAUCGCUAAACUAGGUAUUAGCUGAAAUCAGUCGCGAAGUGAUAAUUUUCAUUUGAGUAUUAAGAAGCGCUUCCUAAACAUUCGCAAAUUGUCCUUGGAAAUAUCCAAAAGGCUUCAUCUCGUCAGCAUUUUCACUUGUAUCAUCUGUGUACUCAAGAUAUACGAAGGAGUCUUCUAUGACGUGGUCAGUCUCUGUAAAGUCAGAUCAAAAGAGAAAAACUUCAAUAAUCAUGUUUACGAUCAGGCCAGAUACGGAUGGAGGGAACUGAUAUCCUUAACGAACAUCACUUGAUGUAGACAACUCAUGUGAUACCUAACCAUAGGCUCUAACAUGCCCAUGGGUGUUCAGAUACAGAGACUGUAACAGAGAGAUUUACUUAUCGGGCUCAAAUUUAAGUGUAAAACAACCGGAAACUUCACAUCUGACAUUUGAAUAGUAUGGUGAGUAUUGAAGUUGGUAACC